AUGGGCCUGCUCCGUAAGGCAUUAGAGGCUGCUCAUAGAGACAUGCACGUGGGUGGGGAGGCUCGGAUAGGGCAGCCUCGGGUGGUGGAUCGGUGCAAGCUGGCAGUGUCGCUCGUCAAGAUGCUCUUCAAACCGCCUUUUGACUGCCCACCGUACGUGCGUGCAUGUGGCGAGAUGACUCUCCUCCCCGGUCUACCGCCCUUCACAGCGGGGGCAUUUGAAGCGCAUGUGAACCAGCAGGCGCGCCACUGGCCGGUGCCCGUGAAACACAUCUACGAUAAGGGCUUCCCAGAGUCGGUGCUCAAAACGGCGGAGGGCAUUGCGUUGGAGGAGGGCAGCAGGGGGCCAGGCAGCAAGAGAUGCUACCAUCUCCGGAUAAGAGACAGCAACACCGGCAAAACAUACAAGUUGAUUUGUGUGCCUCACCCUGACGGUGCAGGAAUCAUCCUCACUAAGGUCAAGUGCAACUCGACGCGCUAUGCAGUCAUUGACAUCGCCCGCCCCGCCAGGGCAAUGGAUCUCCGCGUCUUCUUCCGCAAGGAGUCCCGCCUCUGCUCGCUCGACGGCGCCAUUCAGGCUGCCUUUGAGCGCAUUGCAUCGACGGCUCUCAUUGACAGCGUCUCAGGGUGGCUGCUGCACUGGCCGUGCACCCCAGACCUCGACCUGGACACCACCAUAGUAACACCCCGCUCUUCAACCAUGCCUGCGUCAACUUGCGCUAAUUGGAUACCACCACGUGUGCCGCCACCAACAGCACCACCAGCUGCAUCGCCAAAGGCUAGUCGGUUUGUUCUCAUGGGAGUGUGGCACAUCAGGUCAUGGGUGAUUGCAGGCGACCGCCUCACAUGGAAGCUCAACGAGAUGAAUGUGGUCAUGCUGUUCCAACCUGAAGGCUUCGUCACCAGCAUCAGUGUUUUCCCCAACUGUUGGGGGGAGAAGAUGAAGUGUUAUGAGAACCCGGAACCCGGCCCGACAACUUCCCUACAGCCCGUCAAAUCAUCAUCGUCCGCCUACUCUGCCGCAGCCUGCUUUGACUCGACCUUGCAGCAGGCACCACCAAAGUGGACCCCGGAGAGCAUCCUCUCAGAAUGUCCCGCCCUUAUAGACUGGCUGCAGCAGCGGCUGCCAUAG